ACCUUUACCUUUACUAUGUAUCUGCCCAUGUUAUAAUAGCCCCUUUUUUGAGGUGUUGCCAAUGUUAUUUUGCACUUUAUUGUCCAUUUCAACUGUGAAAUACCUUUCCCAUUCCAGCACAUUCUGUACUCGGUUUUAUGAAUUAGUCUCCUGUUUUAAUAUUUUAAUAUUGUAUGCUUUAUGUCAAUUUUAUCAAUUGUUUUACUGAUAAUUGAGAUUUUAUUGGUAUAAUUGUUUUAUUGUUGUAUCAUUGAUAUUUGAUUGUUUUAUCGGGCUAGGCCCCAUGUAAGCUACCCCGAGUCCCUUUUGGGAGAUGGGGCGGGGUAUAAAAAUAAAGUUAUUAAUCUUAUUAUUAUGUUGGACACACAAGAAAUAUUAUUUUCCUUGCAAACAAAUGAGAUCUCAGUGUACUUGGCAAGGAUUAGCAGGUGACUUUUGGGAAGCCUUCUGCAGAAAUUAUUUCUACAUCUAAACAGAGAGUAAUUUUCAUAGAAAUAAUCAUUCCCAAUGCUGUGAAUAAUUCAGAUGGAAACAUGAAUACAAAGAACGGCUGAAAUGGAAAGUUUGGAUGCGGUUCAGUUGCGGUUUCAAAUGCAAGGUCCAUGUCUAUCCUAAAUUGCUCUCUACAUCCAUCUAUAACUUUCUGUUCAUGGGUUUCAGGGAUGGCAGCUUCCCUUGAUGGGAGUCCGGUUAUCUUCAGAACAGAACAGGUUCAGACUCCUUUGCGUCAAAAUGUACUCAGUUCACUUUCAUGUGUGAGCAGUUCUUCCUCUUUUCAAUGUGGUUCCCCAAAAAGCCAGUCACUCGGCAUUGAAUUCAACUUAUUGCACAACAUUUCUGUAAAUGUCGGAGAUCCUCUUUUAGGUUUGCUAUCACUGGAGGAGGGAACAUCAUUUUUUCCAUGGGUGGUGACUUCGGCAAGGGACUUAUUAAAGCCAGGAGGGCAACAUGGCAAGCCAGGCUAGGAGUGCGCUCCAAAGGCCUUUGACAUUCAGCCAAAAUGUGCCUCUUGAUUCCGUUUUGCUGGUGUUGUUUUCAUAGCUGAUUUCAUAGAGCCUGUAACGCUGGGCUGUUUGCAAAGACAGAAUCCCUUCUCCAUCCGUGUGAGCUGCCUCCAUUCUGUGUUGAGAUGCUGGCAGAAAGCUUUCUCGCUGGCAUCGCCUACAGAGCUGAGCCGCCCAAACCUCGCCGAUGCGUGGGACUGAAAUCCGUGGAAGGAGAAUGCUGGCGUGAGAGGCUGGUGAGCAAAGAUGACCACCAAGAUUUCCAUGCAGAGUGCAAGCAGAUGGCCACACAAAAGUUGGGGGCAACAUGUGAGAUGGAAAUGGAUCAAAGCGCUGCCCCGCAGAAUUUGAUUAAAAACCAAUCACUUAUGAAUGGAUCUAACAACUUCCCUCUUUCAGCUCCGCAGCCUAUAGUGAGAAGAGAGCAACACUGUGAAAAUGAGCUGGAUUUGUAUAGAUCUUGGUCCAGCCAAAGCCUUUAUCAGAACUACCCCGAUCUCCAUAUUGGAGGGGACCACAUCGCGGACCAUACUUGUGAUUCAGGUUGCGUCCUGGACCAGGGAUACGAUGAGCUCUCCGCCGGUCCUGUCCUGUUGUCCAAAGAUAUCCCAUUAGGUCAUUCCCUUGGAAAUGAAUCCCUGCAGAAACCCAGGCUGAUAAAGGUCUGGCCUGGGGAUGAGACUGGGGAGAAGAGCAUGAUGCUCCACAAGGAGCCCCUGUCCAACUCCAUGCUCAACAACUACAUGGAAACAAAGGUCCAGGAAUUCUACAAGCAGUUUUGGGAAGAGAAGUUGACCGGCUCCAGUUCCCCCAACCACUUCACAACAUCAUAUUUGCUGAUGAAUAACACGAGUGACAUGCCCACAGAACAACACACCGAAGCGUCCAAGGCCCUGUUGCAAUCCUUAGCUCUGUUUAGUUUGCAAAACCUCAGCAGCGGAAACAGCAACGAAUUCAGCACGCCGAAUUUGCAAAUCUCCGCUCCACUUUGCAAAAAGAAAUCCAUGCCAGUACAGUUUGGUUCAUGAUUUAUUGUUGGGUGAUUUGUUUAUUGCUUUUGUUUUGAUUUUGUGCUGUUGUGUCCGGGUAUAGCCCCAUGUAAGCUGCCCCGGGUCCCUUCGGGGAGAUGGGGCGGGGUAUAAGAAUAAAGUUGUUGUUAUUAUUAUUAUUAUUAUUAUUGGAAAAUAAUUCUUAGAAAGGAUGAAUAUACAUAAAAAAUACUUUUAGUAAUGCAUUGGUGCCACAAAACCUUCGCUACCAAACCAAUGACAAGCAACAACAGCAUUGCUCUUCUGACACCGGGUUGCGAAUGAACGGUUGUGCUGUGACUGACACAAUACUGUUUUGCAAUAAAUGCAACUGUUAGACACUACUAGUGACUUCAAGCCAAAAGCAUUAACCUUCUGCUAAGCAUGUUAAUGUCUGAUUAAAGUUUGCUGCAAAAGUUUUAAUUAAACAUUUGAUUUCCA